AUGAAUAACACUUAUAAAUCAUUUCAAUACAGUAUUGAGUUUAUUGUCCCAUUAGUUUUGAGCAUAGUUGGAAUCAUAUGCUUAAUUGUAGCAUUAAUACUGAUCUGGUAUUAUAGAAGAAAACGAAAUAAACAAGACACUAAUUCUUCAACUUAUAUUUCUACAAAUCAAACAAAACAAUUGCAACUUAAUGGGAAAAAAGGAUCUGAAAGAAAAUUCAAAAUUGGUGAAAUAUUAAACUCAAGUAAACAAUUUCCAUCUUAUCCAGUUACUGCACAAAUACCUCUUAGUUCAUCAAAUUUAACAUCUUCACAAUCAUCUUCAUUAUCACCAUCGGUUUAUCCAAUUGCUGGAAUUGUUGCUAAAUCAGUGAAUCCACGCAAUCCAACUCAGCCUCCAUUACCUUCAUUACAAACCAGAAAAACAUUCAAAGAAUGAUACAACCGCCGGAUCAUCUUUCUGGAACUUAUUAUUAUUAUCAUCAUUAUUAUCAUCACAUACACAAUUAAUAAACACCAGAUUUGUUUAUAUCCACACAUUGAUAAAUAUUUUUUACUAGAG